AUGUCGGGCUACGUCCGUGAGGAGCGACCGAUUCUUGAUAGCUCCAAGCCCGUCAUGGUCACUUUGGGGGUCUCUCUGCAGCAGAUUAUCAAUCUGGUACGAAAUAAUGGAGAAUAAACUUGUUGAAAGCAUCAAAUUUCAGUCGGAGAAGGAGGAACAGCUGGAGGUGAACGCGUGGCUUAAGUUUUCCUGGCGAGAUGAGAAUUUACGAUGGGAACCGACGGCCUACGAGAACGUGACGGAUCUGAGACACCCGCCGGAUGCACUCUGGACUCCCGACAUCCUCCUUUAUAAUAGGUGCCUUCCUCUUUAAAUGGCCAAGUGCUCACACAUCAUUUUGCAGCGUGGAUUCCGAAUUCGAUUCCUCGUACAAAGUGAAUCUGGUGAACUACCACAAUGGAAUCAUCACUUGGAUGCCACCUGGAAUCUUCAAAGUUUCCUGCAAACUCGACAUUUAUUGGUUCCCGUUCGAUGAACAAAUCUGCUAUUUCAAAGUGAGACAGAAAAAGAAGUAAAGGAGAAAUGACGAGGUUUCAGUUCGGUUCAUGGACGUACACUCGAGAUAAAAUCCAGUUGGAAAAGGGCGAUUUCGACUUUUCGGAGUUUAUUCCCAACGGAGAAUGGAUUAUCAUUGCGCAUCGCACGAAUAUCACUGUAAAACAGUACGAAUGUUGUCCGGAGCAGUACGAGGAUAUCACCUUCACACUUCAUUUGAGAAGAAGAACAUUGUGAGUUCCACACCGAGCCUACGGUUCCCAGAUGGAUUCUGUUCAGAUAUUAUUCAUUCAAUCUGAUUGCGCCCGUCCUUCUAACCAUGAUUCUCGUCAUUCUCGGGUUCACAGUCAGUCCUGAAACGUGCGAGAAAGUUGGACUUCAGGUCUGUCUGCCACAUCCUUCACAUUCCCUUCUUCUCUUUUCAGAUCUCUGUCUCCCUUGCCAUUUGCAUCUUCCUCACCAUCAUGAGUGAGCUGACUCCGCAGACUUCCGAAGCCGUUCCUCUUCUCGGCGUCUUCUUCCACACUUGCAACUUCAUUUCAGUUCUCGCCACUUCUUUUACUGUCUACGUGCAGAGCUUCCACUUCAGAAACCAGCAAGUUCACGAGCGAAUGGGAUUUUGGGUGAGCAUCAUCAGAUAACCCGAAGAGCAUGGAACACAUUCAAUCAAAUGAAUCCGAUUCCAAUUCCAGAUGAGAUUCAUUCUUCUCGAGUGGUCUCCGUGGCUUCUGAGGAUGAAAAUGCCGGCGAGAGAGAACAACUUCCAGACUUUAAAGGAUAGUUGGAAGGAGAGAAAUCGGAGGGAAUCAAUGGCCAGAACUGCGUUCGAGUACGCAGACGGACCGCUCACUCAGAUUCAUUCUAUGGGAAUUAUGCUCAAGGAGAACUUCGAAGAGCUUAUUUAUCAAGUAAAACAGGAGAAGAUGGCCGACGAGAAAGGCAUCGAGCGGCUACGGGUGCUACAGAAAAUCUAUGAUCAUGUCAAGGUGAGCCAAGAUUUCCCCUUGUCGGUCGUCGAACAUCUAUUCCAGAUGAUCCGCGAGCACGACGACGACAACGAUGAGGACAGUCGCGUGGCUCUCGAGUGGCGGUUCGCGGCGAUCGUCGUCGAUCGUCUCUGCCUCCUCGCCUUCUCGUUUCUCAUCGUCGUCGUCUCGAUAGUCAUUGCGUGGCGUGCUCCGUAUCUUUUUGCCUGA